CUAUUUUGACAAAAGCUGUAUCCCUUCUAGCCAACACCGAGCAGGACCGAUGCACCGGGAGAAUGAGAACCGCCCUGAGCCAAGAGACAGAGACAUACCUUCAAAACAAGAACCAUUUCAGAUGCCGCCUGCCGCUACCUCUUUCAGCUUCUAUCUGACCGACUCUAGGUAUAAAAUAAAAUAUGGCAGGCCAGCCAUGUCACUUCUCCUCCGCUGAAUAGCAACAUAGCUGUCCUUGUCGUUGCACAGACGGGAAUGUCAACUCGGGAAGAUGGUCCGCAUAGCGAGCGUCCUGGGGUUGGUGAUGCUCAGUGUUGCUCUGCUCAUACUCUCAUUGAUCAGCUACGUGUCAAUAAAGAAAGAUUUUCUCUUCACGACCCCCAAAUACGCAAGUUCAGGGGGUUCUCGGAUGUAUAUGUUUCAUACCGGAUUUCGGUCUCAGCUGGCCAUGAAGUACCUGGACCCUGCCUUCACCCCUCUGACCAGAGCCCUGAAUGAGAUCCUCCGGGAGAACACCUCCAAAUGGCGCUAUAACAGAACGGCAUUCACAGAACAUAGAAAAGAGAUCUCUCAACACAUCGACAUCGCCCACAACUUCACCCUGACCCGGAGCAGCGUGCGCGUGGGUCAGCUGAUGCACUACGACUACUCCAGCCACAAGUACGUCUUCUCUAUCGGAGAGAACUUCAAGUCCCUGCUUCCCGAGGCCUCCCCCAUCAUCAACAAGCACUAUAAUGUGUGUGCCGUGGUGGGGAACAGCGGCGUCCUCACAGGGAGUCGCUGUGGUCCCGAGAUCGAGAAGUUUGACUUCGUCUUCCGCUGCAACUUCGCUCCCACGGAGAUCUUCCACCGGGACGUGGGGCGGAGGACCAACCUCACGACCUUUAACCCCAGCAUCCUGGAGAAAUACUACAACAACCUGCUGACCCUCCAGGACAGGAACAACUUCUUCCUGAGUCUGAAGAAGCUGGACAGGGCCAUACUCUGGAUCCCUGCCUUCUUCUUCCAUACCUCGGCCACGGUGACCAGGACACUGGUCGACUUCUUUGUGGAGCACAGAGGACAGCUGAAGGUUCAGCUAGCCUGGCCUGGCAACAUCAUGCAGUACAUAAACCGAUACUGGAAGACCAAGCAGCUGUCACCGAAGCGUCUGAGCACGGGGAUCCUCAUGUACACUCUGGCCUCGUCCAUGUGUGAGGAGAUCCACCUGUACGGCUUCUGGCCCUUUGGCUGGGACCCCAACACGGGCAAGGAGCUGCCCUAUCACUAUUACGACAAGAAGGGUACCAAGUUCACCACCAAGUGGCAGGAGUCCCACCAGCUGCCAGCAGAGUUCAAACUACUCUAUAAAAUGCACACAGAGGGACUUAUCAAACUAACUCUCUCACAUUGUGCCUAGACCUGACUCGACUGGACCGAACCAGACUGGACCGGACCGAUCUGGACUGGACUUGACUGAACCGGACUGUACAUGGACUAGAUCAGACUAAAAGGCUAAAUCUGGCACAUUAAGUCAUUUUCUGGUUGUAAACUGGUUUUCUGAUUUAAGAAGGUGUUAAAUAACCAGAUUACAACCAAUUGGUCGCUGUUACUCUACAGCCAGGUAUGAAGGUCUUUUUAAUGACGACAUCAAGCAAUAAAGGAGAAAGACGUUAUAUUUUGGUUGUUAUCUGGUUAGAUAACCAGAACCAGAUCACAACUAUAUAAAGACGUAUUUUUCUGGUUGUAAAAAGACAUAAGCAUAACGUCAUUAUACAAUCAGUAUAUAGUACAACCUGACCAUCAGAAAACAUGUCAUUGCAACCAGUUUUUCUAUGCUACAGCGGCUAUGCUACAGCGGCUAUGCUACAGCUGCUAUACUACAGCGGCUAUACUACA